GUUUACAGCCUCUCUUCCAGCUGACAAGCUUAGACCAGCUGACCGCUAUGCGCUCUUCACGGUGUUCCCGUGCCAUGCGCUCUGCAGAGUAGAACCUCUCCAGUCGCAUCGAAGUGGCCCAACGAUGGAGGGCACAAACAACACGACCGCCUGGCUUCAACUCGACAACUCUUCAAACAAAGCUCCAAAACCAGAAGACGAGGAGGUGAAACUCAGCUAUCAAGUGGUCACAUCCUUCCUGCUCGGCGCGCUCAUCCUGUGCGCAAUAUUUGGGAACGCGUGCGUGGUUGCAGCCAUCGCGCUGGAGCGCUCUCUCCAGAAUGUCGCCAACUAUCUGAUCGGCUCUCUUGCCGUCACGGACCUGAUGGUGUCGGUGCUGGUGCUGCCCAUGGCGGCGCUCUACCAGGUUUUGAAUCGGUGGACUCUCGGGCAGAUUCCGUGCGACAUCUUCAUCUCUCUGGAUGUGCUAUGCUGCACGUCGUCCAUCCUGCACCUGUGCGCCAUCGCUCUGGACAGAUACUGGGCCAUAACCGAGCCCAUAGACUAUAUGAAGAAGAGGACCCCGAGGAGAGCCGCGGUCCUCAUCAGCGUCACUUGGCUAGUGGGGUUCUCCAUCUCCGUGCCGCCUAUGCUGAUCAUGCGCUCCCAGCCCAGCAGCAUGGCAGAGGACAGGGCGAACCCCAAGCAGUGUAAGAUAAGGCAAGACCCCUGGUACACAAUAUACUCAACUUUCGGGGCUUUUUACAUCCCGCUAACUCUGAUGCUGGUUUUAUACGGGCGGAUAUUCAAAGCGGCCCGGUUCCGCAUCAGGAGGACGGUGCGUAAAACGGAGAAGAAGAAAGUGUCCGACUCCUGCCUGGCGCUCUCUCCCGCGCUCUUCCAUAAAAAGAUCCAAGGAGACGCACAAGGCAAGAGCUGGAAAAGGAGCGUGGAGCCCAGGCCGCUGCCGAGUGUCAACGGCGCGGUGAGACACGCCGAAGACGGCGAGUCUCUGGAGAUCAUCGAAGUUCACAGCAACUCCAAAGGCAACCUGCCGCUGCCCAACACCCCGAGCUCCGUGCCGCUCUUCGAGAGCAGGCACGAGAAAGCGACGGAGGCGAAGAGGAAGAUCGCGCUGGCACGGGAGCGCAAAACGGUGAAGACUUUGGGCAUCAUCAUGGGCACCUUCAUCCUCUGCUGGCUGCCUUUCUUCAUCGUCGCCCUGGUCAUGCCUUUCUGCCAGGAGUCGUGCUACAUGCCCCGCUGGCUAGAGGAUGUCAUUAACUGGCUGGGCUACUCCAACUCUUUACUGAACCCCAUCAUUUACGCGUACUUCAACAAAGAUUUUCAGAGCGCUUUCAAGAAAAUCAUCAAGUGUCACUUUUGCAGACCGUGAUGGUUCAAGUUGGCGCGUGCGUGUGCGCCCGGGACACCACCAAGACUCACCGGAUCACUGAGGGCUGAUCUGGAGACAUCCAGGUGAAAAAGAGACCAACAGUCUGCGACCAGAUUGUUCUGAAACAAGAACUGAGGGCUCACAAUGAUUAUUGCCGCUCAUCACCAUCGUUAAAUAUCUCCAGAGAUGUCUAUAGCCUAUGCAUAGAUAAAGCUGUGAUCGUUUGAUUCAAGCUCCGUGUUGCUCAUCCUGUUCUUUGA